CUACGUUCGACGAGGGGCCAGAUGGGCGAGCUCCCCGUACAUCCCUGUGGUGCUCGUCCAACGUCACCCACGCAUGCGUGAACCCUUGUCAUGUUGCGCGGCGGCUGGCUCGCCGGCGAACCCGCUCCACGUCGUUGGUCACCCUCAGCAAUGCAUCUGGUGAAGCCGUUUCUUGAACUCGAGACCGUCGAAUUUUAUGCGAAAUUUGAAAACGGAAUACAAACACCAAGAUAAUACAAUGCAACGGAAAGUCCACCUGUCCACGAACAUACACUUGAAGUUUGUAUGCCAUGCAGAAACCUUGCACACCUGAUAUCAAGUGUUGGAGACUGACUUACUUCUGCCAGAAAAGAAACUUGAACUGGCUCGUCAUUCUCUCAAGAAACUCGCAAGUGAAGAUGGAGUCGCGGCAGUACCAGCUCGUUGUACUUGGAAGUGGUGGUGUCGGCAAGUCUGCGCUUGUCAUCCGUUUGGUCACAGAUAACUUCCUGGAAGACUAUGAUCCGACGAUCGAGGACAGCUACCGCAAGCAAGUCGUGAUUGACCAACGACAAGCGCUUUUGGACAUUUUGGACACGGCAGGACAAGAAGAAUACACGACGAUGCAAGACGAAUGGAUGCGUGAAGGAAAAGGCUUCCUCUUGGUGUACAGCGUGACGAGCCAAUCCACUUUUGACGAUAUCAAAAAGUUCAAAGACAAAAUCCUGCGGGCCAAGGAUAUGAACCGUGUCCCGAUGGUGUUGGUCGGGAACAAGUGUGACUUGGACCGCAACAGACAAGUGAGUUUGGCGGCAGGCAAGGCGUUGGCCGCCGAGUGGGGUUGCCCAUUCAUGGAAACAUCGGCCAAGGAGCGCAUUCGCAACGAAGAGUGCUUCUUUGAAGUGGUCCGCGAAAUCCGAAAACAGGACGCUGCCAAGCGGCCUGCGCCCAAGUCGAACGGAACGAAGAAGAAGGACGAAAAGAAAGGCGGCGGUUUUUGCUCGAUUCUCUAGACGCUUUUUACAGCAUUCACUUCAUGCUUCGUCGUUCAUGUAUGGCGCUCAAUAUUAGACAUCACGAUAACUUCAUCUUGAAUCGACUUAACGAGCUACACAGCGAUGCCGUAGAGGUACCGUAUCCGAUACUGCAUGAUGUCGCGGGGGCACUCGUCCAUGUACUGCGCCAACCACCCGAUCAGUUCCGACUCGGACGAGCCAAAAUCGUC